AAAAAUUAUCUGUUAUUGCACCCUUCUACUCGCUGCCUUAUCCGGCGACGGCGCUCACUGCCUCCACCGCCGUUGUGGAGGAGUGGUGGUCUGCAGCAAUUGUUGUUGUAGUAGGAGAAAGAAGAAAGAGAAACAACAAGGUGGUGUGGUGUGGUGGUAGGCAUCAUUGUAUGAGGAAGAAGAUGUAGUGAGGUGGUGGCCAUGGCCCUUUUUGGUGGGUGGCGGUCAUAGGCAAUGGAGGAAGAGUUGUGUUGGGUGGCUAACAACAGAGGUGGUGGUUUGAGAGAUGACUUGCUAGAACAUGAGUGAGGGAAGAGGAAAGCAAGGAAGGAGAUGCUGGAGAGCAGGAGGGAUGAGGGAAAAAAAAAUUCAGCAUUCACAAAAUGACAUAAUUUUAUAUUUCUUUUAAUCUUAUUUGUUAUUUUCUUUUAAAAAAUAAUUAAUGGCUAGUUUAACUCACUUAGCCCUCUCAUGUUUCUUUUUCAAUUGAGAAGAUACGUUUCCAUUUCUUGAGCAUAAUAAUUUCCUUCUGAUGCCAUCAUGCUUUGCUGUGGAUAACCAGAGAAGAGCACUGUGCAGGAGAAAAGAAUCUGCCAUGGAACCAACUUGCGCUGCUCAUGCCAUGGAAUGGAGCAUUCAACUCGAAAUGGCCCUCCGUUCCACUAAACCAGGUGUUCCUGUCAAAGCCAUAUUGGAAAUGGAGCCUCGCCUUCAGCAAUGGAGUAGAGAGCCUGAAUCUGUCAUUGCUUCCAAUGCCAUGUUUGGUCUUGUUCCAGGGUUUUCUUAUCUGAACAAAAGCACUAUGAUAACAAGAAGAAAAAGAGGUGUAAAGGGUUGCUGUCAGAGGCCAGAGUAGCUAACCAAUUGGAGUUGUUGAAGCAAGUGAAAUCUGUUUUUGAUAGUGGGGAUUUGAAGUCAAGGGCACUGGCUUUGGUUCUGUUUGGUUGUUGGGCAGAUUUUUCUAAAGACAAUGCUCAGAUACGAUACUUGAUAUUUUCCAGCCUUGUUUCUCCUCAUGAUUGUGAGGUUAGAGCAUCUUUGUUUGCUACUGGAUGCUUUUGUGAGAUGUCAGAUGAUUUUGCGUCUAUUGCACUGGAGAUGCUGUUUAAUAUAAUGAAUUCAUCUUCAGCAUCUUUGCUUGUAAAGUUGACUGCAGCCCGAGUUCUCGCGAAAUGCAAGUCCUCCUAUUCAAUUGCACAUAAAGCGUACAAGAUGGGUAUGGAGUUAGUAUUCAAUUCCUUGGAUGAAGAUGUUUUGGUAGCUAUGCUAUUCUCACUCUCAAAACUGGCUUCCAUUUUAAUGCUUUUUAACUCCAAUCAGGUGGACUUUCUUCUUUCAUUUCUCAAUCAAGAAAGAACUGCACAUGUACGAGAAACAGGGAUAAAAUGCUUGCAUUUUUUGUUUGAAAAAGAUCCGUGUCUGCACCCAGUUAAUUCAGGUCUAAUCCAUGGGUUAUUCUCCAUAAUGGAGGAACCUGGAAUUUCGAUGGCCAUGCAAUAUAAAGCUCUAAAGGUCUUGCACAAGGUCCUGCUUUCAAUUCCACCUUCUUUACUUCACGUGGAAUUUUGUGAAUUUGUCAAGCUUCUAAAUGUUGCUGAGAACACAAGACAAUAUCCAGUCUCAAGGAAUAGCUGUUUGGCAAUUCGUAUUCUGGCAGAUUUGUGUUGUAGGACGGUGGACAGAACAAAUAAUGUCAAUGGUGUUUUUUGUUGUUCUUCUCUGCCAUCUCGUGUUAUCUCCUUAAUCAAAGAUCAUAUCAAACUUUUGGUGAUGCCAUUGUUGAAAGCUCGCCAAAAUGAUUUGACAAUUUGUCAGGAUCUCCAGGGUCUGCUAAAGAUUCUUCUAAUUAUCGUUGAAACUCAUCCUUAUCUAGGUUCCUUGGCACUUGAUAACAUAAAAUCAGUGGUUGAAUAUCUUGUGACUGUUGCUUCUACUGAUCAUGCAGUACCAUCAGCUCAUCUAGCUGUAGAUUUUAAAGUUGAAAAAAACAAUUUCUUUAUUUUAAAACUUAUUCGCAAAAUAUACAGAUUUCUGGUGGCAUGCCUUGAAAAUCUUUAUAAAGCCAGUGCCAUCAAUGCUGAAGUGUUGAGUAGAGUGAAGAUUUUGGCUGACCUUGUGUGCCAGUGUAGUUUAAUUGAUUGCUAUACGUACACAAUGUACCAUCUGCUAUUGCACAAUCAACCUGUCUGGGAUGGCUUGGAUCAUGAGAAUGAUGAAACACAUGAUUAUCUUUGUAUAUAUCCUGAUAGUUGUCUUACUAAAUGCACAGAGUUUGUUAAGAAAGUCCUGACUGAAACAGAUGGUUGGACUGCUUACAAGGUUGGUGCACAUGCAGCGUGUCAAGGUGAAUGGUUGUUAGCUACAACUAUAUUCAGGACAUUAAUAGAGAAAGUGAAGUCUGAUUCAUGCUGUAGCUGGUUAAAAUCAUUAUUCCAUUAUGCUCAUUCUGAAGGAAAAAUCCAGCUUCUUAGUCUACCAAAACAGGGAACCACCUCAAUGGAGUUGUUGGAGACUGUCAAAUUUCCUUUAAAUCCUUUUGAUUACAUGGAUAAGACAUGUCCAAAUCUUGCUGGGCAUAUCAAUGAUAGCCAUUACUAUGAUGAGCUUACACAAUCUCAUGUGGCACUUUGCUCUUCCUUGAAAAUUUUAGAAGCAUCUGUAAAAGGUUCUCAAGCAUUUUGUUUCCAGAGGUGGUUUUUAUCAUUAAGAUCUAGAGUUUUGGAAAAUUUAGUAGGUCUGUUUAAUGCUUUGAGAGAAGUUUCAUUGAACUUAGAUGGGAAUUUCAAUCAAGUAGAGUUUGAGAGCAGUGAUAUGCUUCAAGGCCUGAAAUCUUGUAAAGUUAUUUCUCAAAUUUCUUUUCAAUUGUGUAGGCUAGCUGAAGAAUUUGAUCUAUUUGGAAGAUCUGUCAUUGGGAUGGACAGUGAAAGUUCUGCAUUCCUUGCUUCUCAUGGCUUGAGUUGUUCAGUAUUAGCAUUUGCUGCUGCUUUUGGAGUUUCUAACAUAGAGCAGUAUUCUCAUGGAAUUUUUGUUGGUGACAAAACCUCCUGUAAUUUACAGGCCUUGACAAUACAACAUUUAAUGAGACAAUUAUGGUGUGUAGAUCAUGAAAUCAGAGCAAGUCUCUCUUUGCUGUUGGAUUACUUUGACCAGAACAAGAACAGUUUACCCCUGCUGCAUAUGUAUCAAACUUGGAACAUUGGUUAUAAAGAUAGAGCGGUGCUUGAUAUUUGUAGUUAUGCUGUUUCUUGUGCUGUCCGUUUGCAAAAUGAGAGAACUGCAUCUCAAUUUACCAAGAAUGCUUUAUUACUAACUUUCAAUACUUUGAUAAAAUGGAUGCACAUUCAUUUUCGGAUUCCCAGGUUUUUCUUCGAAAUAAGGCAGUUUGUUGGGUCUGAGCUCUAUGUCCACAAUGAGGACUCAACAGAUGGGGUUGCUAUAUCUGUUUUGCCAGGCUUCCACCUAACAUUGAACAUUUGUCUUCAAUUGAAAAAUGUGUCAUUAAACCUCCAUGCUAAGGCAGCCAAGUUGUACUGCAUCCUUCAUUGCAGUACUACCUCCCUCGUCUCAGAUGGAGAAACUGUGGGGCACUCGUGUUCUGGAUAUGAAGCUUGGAAAGAUGAUGAAAUUGUUGAAUUGAACAAGAAGUUGUUUUACCUUGUGUUAGAUAAUAUGGCAGACAAGAGAACAAGGGGCUUGCGUAAUAGGGGCAAUGUUAAUAGGGUUGUUGAGGCAUUUUUGGAUUUUGAACCUAAUGAGAAAGGACAGGGGUUUUCACUAUGCACACUCGAUGUUUCUGACUUUCCUGUGGGUUCUUAUAGAAUCAAAUGGCAUAGCUGUUUGGUUGAUAGUCAUGAUUCCUAUUGGAGCCUCCUUCCUUUGAACUUGGGACCUGUAUUUGUUAUAAAAACUCUGGUUGGCUAAUCUGCAAUGAAAGCAUAGCAAUUAACUUAAAGAUGCAUUACAUUUACAAGCACAAUAACAAUUUCGUUUGGUUUUUAUUAGAUUGAUCUGUUAGAUGAUUGGAUCAUUCAAAUUUAGUUAUUGUCACUGAACAUGUUCUUCCAAAUUUUAUCAUGGAUGGUAACCAUUGGCAAUGCACAUAUGUUUGGUGGUGAAAUUCAUGUAAUUCAUCAUCACGUGUUAU